CGAACUGUACAUCAAUCCGCUUAUGUCUCUGCGUAUCGAGAAACUGCCUGAUGUUCACAUACACGACUCUCAUUUCCUUCUUGGCUUGUCUCCUUCUUGGUAUUCCUUACCCCUCCUAUCAAUCUGAUCAAAAUAUAUUCCCGGAAACUGAAGGAUUCAAUCUUCAAAUGUCAAACAACCUGUCAGAAGGUGGUUUUCAUGGAUCAUUCGGAGUCACAUGGUUUCCCCGGUGCCGAUUCGGGGGUAGAUUCGGCGGUGUAGCGAUAGUUUGGCCUGCAAAGGGCGGCUACUAUCACCAUUUGUGCUCAGUAGCAGAAUUGGAGUUCCUUGGCAUCGAUCGAUUCGAGACCGCCAACAAGUCAGACGAGCCUGACAAGGAGGAGGCUCACUGUGCCAAAAUGCGUCAGCUUGGAGCCAAAUGGUAUCGCGACCCCUUCCACCAACUUUCGGACCAGGACAAGAACGAAGAUCCCGAUGCUCCCCGCUUGUUCGUGGGCUGGCCGGCCGACGGUGGUGUCUGGGCUAUACAUACUACCUUGUUUGACUCUGAGAUGAGAGGUCUGGGAAGGAUCGGAAACGCUUUUACUAUGUCAGAGCGUUGUGAAGUAAUAAAACAGCUUGGCGGUUCAUUCUAUAAGGAUCCUAAGGAGUGUUCUUUUCUUGAUCUCGAUGGCUCUAAAGAUGAAGAGAAGCAAUAAAAUAGAAGUAGGGUUAUGUCUGGCGACGACAUCUUCUGGUACGAGAACGAACAUGGCUGGGAGUGACGAUGGAGAUGGAACUGAUAGACUUAGAAUGGACGAAUGAACUUCGGAAUGUCGAGCCUUGUGCUGAACGGAUUGGCAUGACAUGGCUGUAGUUAUAACAUCCUGAAUCUGAGUCUAAGCUAUUCUGUCAUGGAGUAGGCUUUGGUCUCCCAUGUCUAAGAAUUUCAAUUCAAAGUCUCCCCACAUCUCGCCUUGCGACUCUAUCACCCC